AUGGACCGGUUCUGCAGCAUUGCGACUGGAUGGAACUUCUCAUUGACCAGUGCAGAUGUCAAGAGACGCCUUCCAUGCGAAGGUGCUCUCUGGGAGACCGGCAAGCCGCUCCAGACACCGACUCCGUAUUUCGGUGUCGCUGAUCAGUCAAGCGGUGCCACCGGAACACUCCCGUCCGCGAGACCAGAGGAAGCGGCCCAAGACUCGCUGGGAGGGUUUGCGUACUGCAUAGAGGCCACUGAAAGCCUGAGUCUGGUCACGUCAUUCUUCCUCCAGCAAGCGAUUGAUGUCUCAAAGCCCCAUGAGAUACAGGUCUGGCUGAUGAAGUUCAAGCAGCUUGACUUGCGUCUAGUGCAAUGGAAGAUAUUCCUGCCCGAACAAUGGCGUGAAGCAUGCGUCCUCAACAACGAUGGGAUCAUGGACCCCAAUCUGUCCUUGGCCCACGUAACGCACAAUACCGCUGUUGUUCUCCUCCACCAGGGCAUCGCCUACCCAUUGCCCGAAUGGCAAUCCACCCGCAUCCGAUUACCAUCCGCCUCUAGCUCAGAAACAUGUCUCGCAGCUGCUACAGAGGUCGCGAUCAUAGCCGAGAAGUUUCUCCAGGACUCGCAGCACGUCGUUAGUCCUCAAUUUGCUUUCUGUCUCUUCAUCUGCGGACGCAUGUUCCUGGCGCAUUCACUCUACUACAGCGUGACGCUGCCAGGUGGCUUUGAUUUGCUGGUGGGGAGCUUGCGGACGAUAGCAAAGAGGUGGAAUGGCCCUGGCGACACGUCGGAGAACCUGGCUUCGAAGUUUGCAGGGAGGCUUGUCCAAGCUCGUCAACAAGGCCAUGGCAUGUUGGACAUCAGGCAGGCUGUAUACUCGGAUGACAGGCACGAAAUAUCCUCUCCGCUGUCCGGCAACAGUCUAGGGCCGCCCGGCGCCGUCCGUUCCGGGGCGGGUCAUCCCAACAAUGGCUUCUCUCCGAGGCCUGGCGGUGCGUAUGUGGACGGAUUCGGCGCCUCUGCUGUGGAUUUUGAUCAAGAAGCGUCUCCUGACAGCAUUUCCAUGGCCUUCCCCCCGCUUCCUCUGGCUUUCCAUGCUCAGAACCCCAGCAGAGGGCCUACCGCAAUGCCAUCACCUGUGCCGGCGAACCUGCAACCUCAUAUGGGCGCUUACGAUCACUACGAUAUUGGGGUUCCGAAUGGUCAUAAUGGAGGACAAAGCAUGGUUGGAGAAUUUGAGGACCUCAACGCUUACCUGGACUACUCUUUCCUGCCGAAUCAACGGGUGAGCAUGUUUUCUGGGGCGGCGGAGAAGGAAUAA